CGCAUCUUACUGCGCCAAUGAGCGUCCUUGGUUCCUUCGUGCAUCAUGCUAUCCAGUACGUCUUCGACGGCGGUGGAGAUCUGCUUGACAAGCAAGUCUUUCACGUCGUCCGACAGUUCUAAGUACUCCGGUUUUCCGUCUGAUAGCGGGACACCGUCUGCAUUGUAGCUCGACAUGGAGGACGACGUCUGCUUUGUCAGCUUCCGGGGCAUCGGAGCCGAAGCUGAGCGUUUGGCGAUUCUCUGUCUCGAGUUCGCCAUGAUACGGUAGAAAUCCCCGCUUAGUCGAAACCUGCGAUGUGUCAAUCGAUCGGCCAAUGUGUCAAUGAGCCGAGUGGCGUGUCCGGUUUGCAAUGGCGGAACUUCCACAACGAGGGCGACCAAGAGGUGAGAGAUCCGGUCUUAUUAUAUGGCAGUCGUACUGUUGGUGAGACCGCGUCAAUCGAAAGUCGCAAACUGCGUUGUGGCAAACAGUUCGUGUUGAGCCGAAAGCCACGAGAACUGCAGGUUGCACAUGCUACAGCUGUUCGCAUCUCCCAAGCCAAGAAUCUCGAUGCUGAGGGUUUUUGAUGCUCGAGAUGUUCUUGCAGCUCCGUAAAAGCUGAAGCAACAGCAGGCGCGUCGCAGGAAGGGAAGAACAGCAUUGCUGAGGGAAGGUGGGUGCGUUCAAGCAUCGGGAAAUGGCUUACAGCUACGCGAAUCGAGAAGUUUGACAACUUACGGGUAUUAGAAUUUGGAAUGUACCCUGCCAACAUUGCACUGCGCAUUCGGUUUCUUCAUGUUGGUGUUCGGUGGAGAUGGCAUUGCCAUGACAAAGCCGACAAAAGUGAACAUACACGGCACAGCCGUCUUGGACUGUUCAUGAUCGACAUCCGGAUCUGCUGCUGGCGAAAACCGUACGCCUGUUUCCGAAGAAAUCCAUUUCGAUUUGCUGCUUCUUCAACUUCAUCCGCGAAAAAAUACUUGUGCAUGUUUCGAGAACCACGAAGUUUGCGUAAGGGUGAUACUUUCUGGAAUCCGUUUGCCAUGACCGCACUGCCUGGCUUUCGAUGGCGCAUUGCAGGGUGCCACUCCGAGGGUGGACAACACGAUCAAAGUAUCUCGCUCUUUCUCUCGACGCCAAAAGAGGCCGCUUUCGCUGCGCGAAACACUCAUAUCGGUGUUCUUCACCGAGCGUCAUGGAGGCCGAGUUGACUAGGGAAAUCCUGGUUUCCCUGUUUCCCGCCUUGCAGUGAUCGGGUAAAUGAAUCCUUGGAUAGUAUUAGUCGCCGGCGUCACCAUGACGGUCAAUCGCCAUGACACGUCAAAAGCGAAAGGAGACGAUCGACACCACCUUCUCGAUUGUUCGACAACCUUGCGCAAAAGUGUGCAAGGGUUGUACGGCGUGGGUUAACUUUGCUUGGAUGCGGUUGGUGUCCCGUCCGAUGUGUUGGGCCAAUAGUGUUGGCAUCACCAACUUAGUGAUGGUUGCCGACGACAACUUGUCGUGUCUGAUAAAAACACGAAUCGAAGCCAGGUGCCUUUCACGAACGCUCAUUUCGUUCACGCGUGCGGUUGCCUCAUACAGACGCAAAAUAAGCAUAGGAGUCUGGCUCCAGCUGCGGACACUUGAGAUGCAGAUGGUUGUGGACGAAAAGCUUAGGUGGCAGUAUUAUUCAUGUAACACGUACAAGUGAGCUACCAAAUACCUACACUUCAGGUUUGCUU